AUGGCUCCCGGAAACCCCCUCAAGGCCUUUCUCGCCACCGCCCGAAGCACCCUCCAAGCACCGGCCAGUCAGCGCCCUUCACCGUUGACAUUUGUCGUCGGCAACGAGUCCGCCGACGUGGACUCGCUCUGCUCCGCCGUCGUCUACGCCUAUGUUCGCUCUCAGGCCCCGCCUCGCACCCUCCACAUCCCGCUCUGCAACUUGCCGCGCGCCGACCUCGGCCUCCGCACCGAGAUGACGGCCGUCCUGCAGUGUGCCGGCCUUGGCCCCGAUGACCUCCUGACCCUGUCCGACCUGCCCUCCUCCUUCCCGUCACCGUCUGCAUCGGCCGCGCCGGAAUCGUACGAGUUGAAGCCCGCCGACACUCGCUGGGUGCUCGUCGACCACAACGACCUCACCGGGUCGCUGGAGAGGAACGGGUUUGCGGCCGAAGUCGUCGGGUGCGUCGACCAUCACGUGGACGAGAACCGCGUCCGCGCCGAUGCGACGCCCCGUGUCAUCGAGCCGUGCGGCAGCUGCAUGAGUCUCGUCGUCGACCAAUGCCGAGCCGUCUGGGACGAGCUGACCGUCCGCGACCCAUCAGCCGACGCCCAUCUCGCCAAGCUUGGCCUCGCCGCCAUCCUCCUCGACACCGUGAACUUGUCGGUCAAGGAAAAGGUCAAGGAGAAGGAUGUGAGCGCCGUCGGCUACCUCGAGGCGAGGAUCCAACGGCAGUCCCGUGAUUUCAACACCACGGCAUUCUUCGACCACAUCUGGGCCGUCAAGGAGGACAUCUCGACCCUGUCAUUUCGCGACAUCCUGCGCAAGGACUACAAGGAGUGGCACGACGGGGCCAUGACGCUCGGCGUGAGCUGCGUCGUCCAGAACUUGACGUACCUCGUCCAUCGGGCCGACGAUAGCCCGCGAGCUUUCCUCGCCCACCUCGAUGAGUGGUCGUCGGAGCGGAGGCUUGACAUUGCUGCCGUCAUGACCACGUCCAAUCCGGACGGCGAGUUUCAGCGCCAUCUGCUUGUUUGGGGGCGCAGCCCACGCGGCGCCGCUGCCGUCGCCAAAUUCGUCCCCCUGGCGCGCGAGAAGUUGAGGCUCGAGGCCUGGUCCGACGCCGAGCUGGACCAAGUCGACCGCGCCGGCACCCUGAGAUUUGCAUGGAGACAGCACGAGUUGGCGGCGAGCAGGAAGCAGGUUGCGCCCCUGCUGCGCGAGGCCAUGCGGUCAGCACGCGAGGGGGCGAGCGAGUGA